UUAACAACCGUGUUACUAAUUUAACACCUGCAGUGAUUCCCUUAACAACUGUGGCAAGAAAAGUCAUAACAUGGGGCAAAAUUCCCUUAACCAAUAUCUUACUUAGUGACAAAAAUGUUUGGCUCAGUUGUGACCGUAAGAUGAGGACUACCUGUACUCAGACGUUAAUAGCUCAUUACUUAAGCCAUUGACUUAAACCACAGAUAAAAAUGUAGGUGUUGAAGCUUCUUGUAAGAAGACAUUAAGCUAGAAUCUUGCCAUAAGGCCCUUUUUUUUUCUUCAUCUCUCUGCUGCUGAGAAGAACAGGCUUUUGCUCUGCUCCUGUAAGAUUCAUUGGAGAGAAGUAGCAGCUUGGUCAAAAUGUUGGGAACAGGAACUGUCUGAUGGUCACACCUGCUGCUCUGUGAGUGGAAGGGGUGGGGCUAUGGGAUUCUGAAUACCUUAUCCACAUUAGAGAGCACCUGUGCCAGAGGAGAGCUUUUUGUUGGUGGUUUUCCAUAGCUGUAAGUGAGUGCUUGAUGGAGAGGGGUGUGGAUUCAGGAAUUUGAGCCCCAGCACACUCACUCAAACAUCAAUCCAUGUUGUUAGAAGGGGAAACUAAUUUUCAGAGGUAAAUUGGACAGAGGUACUAUAGGCAAGUGAACAGUGGUAUUUUUAAACUCAAAGGUAUAUUGUACUGAAUAGACCAAAUCCACUGGAGCCCUUCUGUCCUGCAAUGGACUGGUUUCUUAUGACUGCCCUGCAGCCAGUAGUUGAGCUUGUAUAAAAUGCUUAUAUGUAAUUAAGUUAACCAUGGUUUAUUCAACUAAGCUACUUUUUGGCUACACAUAACCUAAGAACCAUAUGCUCUAACUGCAUAGGUUGGGUUUAAGCAACAAGCUGUCCUAAAAUGUGAUAGGCUGAUAUGUAAUCCAGUGUGUUGUGCCUACACAGGUGCUUAAUGUGUCCCCUCAGCUGCACAAUUCAGCUGUGUGACUUUGGCUCAACCAUCUUAUUAUUCAGGCUAAGUGAGGUAUUGAAGUUAUGUUUUAGGGGCAGGAAGGACAUAGAACUUGAUUAGAGGUAAGGUAAGGAGUAAACAUCGAUCCUAAGGCACAUAUUUGCUUUCUUUUAUUUAUGUUCAUUAUUGAAAAAUGGUUGUGGUUUCAUCUACUGAAACAUGUAUGUGCUUUUCUUAGGUAAUGAUGCCAGCAGCAAAGUACCUGAUCUCUAUGUCUUUGAAAUUGAAAUAAUUCUAAAUGCAGAAAUAAUUAAAAGGGCUAUGCCACCUCCCUUCCCAGUCUUUCUGAGCCAUAAUGGGAAGGAUGUGAUUGGCGGAGGCUUUUUUCAAACUCAUUCCUUCCAACUAUGCUGAAGUUACAAUUCCCAAAUUGUCUGUUAUCUCUUUUGGCUAUAUUGGAUUGAGAUUUGUGGGACUAAGAAUAUCAGAUUGAGAAAGACUAAUAUAUGAUAUUAAUAUAACUGCUAUAAUUGUAUAGGGGAUAAACUGAAACAAACAACCAUUUUAAAAAAAAGUUUGUUGAGUUCCUUCUGAAUUAAUUACCUAGAAAUAGUGGCCAUUUUAAAAAUAGUUUUACAUCAAAUCAAAACAUUUUUCCAACUUUCCACAACCUGGCUUCCUCCAGAUACUUUACUAGUUUCAACUUAACCUGACCAUUUGAAGGUUAUUAAUGAAAAUUAUAAAGGAGAGAUGAUUAAGAAUUAUUGGCAAUGUAAAUAUUAGUUUAUCUAUUGAUAAUGAGAGUUUUUUUAAAAAAACCUAAAAUCAUUUUUACAGAGUCCAGAAUCAGGGUGCUCUUAUAAUUUUCCUAGGAAGAUUAAAUACUUUUGUAGCUCUCUUUUGAUGUAGUUUUGAACAAUUAGGGAAAUAACUGGUAUUGCAUUGAAUCCUCUAAUUAAAGAAGCAUGGCAUUAGUACUUUGGCCAAUGUUUCCCUUAAAAACUCUUCACCAUUUGUACUAUAUAACACCACAGAAAAAAGUCUUCAGUGAGAAUUAAGCAAUAUGAGUGUCUAGUUUCUUAUCUUCCUUCUUUAGAAGAACAAGAGAAGAUAUGUAAGAGUAGGUUUUAUCUACAUAAUGAUUUUUUUUGCAAAUGAACCAUCAAUAGAAUAAUUGUUUGUGUUAAGUAGAGUAAGCUAAAAUGGAUCCUACAGAGAAGAAAAUAUGAGAAAGAAGUUAAACCUCCUCUUUCAGAACAUUAAACUUGAGAUUAGGAGUGAAUAUCCUGUAGAGAAAGUGAAACUUCACCAGAGUCCUAGUCUUAUGACUCUGUGUACUGUCAAAGUUUAUAUAAGAUGCUUCAUAUGUUAUUUCUCCCAUAUAUGCAUAUGCAGAAGUGUGGGAAGCAAUUGUAAGACACAAAAGUGUUUAGAACUCAGUUUGAAAAAGACUGACUUUCUUCUUCCAGUAUAAAAUCAUUUUACCAAUGACUUCUUCUGAGAAUAGUGUUGGAUUUUGAAUAACAUUAUCUGGCUUUGAAAAUUGCUUGGCCAUAAAAAUUAUCAACCUUGGGAUACUUCAGUUUAGCAGUCUUGGGAUAAUAGCUUAUCAUGAAGUAUAAUGAGCUUAGUAUAACCUCAGUCCAUUAUACUUCACUAAGAAGAUAAAAAGAUAAAACAGUUUCCAAAAAAGUACCAAGCAAUUUUACUGCAAUUUUUCUCAACCUCAGAAACGUUAUGAUUUGCAGACUUCAGUUCCCAGAAUUCUUCAUCUAGCAUUUGUUUUCUGCAUACAGGGAAUUCCAUUAUUCCUCCUCCUAGUCUUAUUGCAGUAUAAUGGGAAUUAUUGAAAAAUGAUUGGAUUCUAGUUUAAGUAGACUUGAGUGUGGAGAGCUUAUAUAUACUUUGCUUCCAAUUAUAUAUUGGAAUGUAGUCCAGUCUUAAUAUUUUUCCCCUGAUACCAUGCAAAUUUCUUCAUUGCACUGCUGUAACAUAGAGAUGUUACAUGGAGUGCUAUCGUAGCUAUUCCAACACCAUGUUGUUUUUGUCUCUCAAAAGUCUACAUCAUGCAACUUAGUAGUAAUUAGGUUCUGCUUCACUUCCAAAGUUAAACUAGAUGAUUGGCCAUGAAUGCUAGUGGCCCAGGAUAUCCUCUAGCCUCUCUCUAUGUGGGUGACCUGCAUCCAGAUGUUACUGAAGCCAUGUUGUUCGAGAAGUUUUCACCUGCUGGGACCAUCAUGUCCAUCAGAGUUUGUCGAGACGUUGCCACACGACGAUCUCUAGGUUAUGCUUACAUAAAUUAUCAACAGCCUGCUGAUGCUGAACGGGCCUUGGACACCAUGAAUUUUGAAGUCAUAAAAGGUCGGCCCAUUCGUAUCAUGUGGUCCCAGCGAGAUCCCGGACUCAGGAAAUCAGGUGUUGGGAAUAUUUUCAUCAAGAAUCUGGAUGAUUCCAUUGAUAACAAAGCCUUAUAUGAUACAUUCUCAGCUUUUGGAAAUAUUCUUUCUUGCAAAGUUGUUUGUGAUGAGAAUGGAUCUAGGGGCUACGGCUUCGUCCAUUUUGAGACUCACGAGGCAGCAAACAGAGCAAUUGAUACAAUGAAUGGAAUGCUGCUAAAUGAUAGCAAGGUAUUUGUUGGCCACUUUAAGUCCCGCCGAGAGCGUGAAGCAGAAUAUGGAGCCAAAGCAAUGGAAUUUACUAAUGUCUACAUCAAAAACUUUGGAGAGGACAUGACUGAUGAGAGGCUGCAAGAAAUAUUCUCAAAAUUUGGAAAGACCUUGAGUGUCAAGGUCAUGAUAGAUAAUACAGGCCGCUCAAAAGGAUUUGGUUUUGUCAAUUUUGAGAAGCAUCAAGAUGCUCGGAAGGCUGUUGAGCACAUGGAUGGAAGCAAGAUCAAUGACCGAACAAUAUUUGUUGGCAGAGCCCAAAAGAGGAUUGAACGACAAAAUGAACUGAAGCGUAAAUUUGAGCAACUCAAGCAGGAAAGAAUGAGCCGAUAUCAGGGAGUAAACUUGUAUGUAAAGAACUUGGAUGAUGGUAUUGGUGAUGAGCAGUUAAGAAAAGAAUUCUCACCCUAUGGAACCAUCACAAGUGCCAAGGUAAUGACAGAUGGCGGACACAGCAAAGGUUUUGGGUUUGUAUGUUUUUCUUCUCCAGAAGAAGCGACAAAGGCUGUGACUGAAAUGAAUGGACGCAUCGUCAGCACUAAGCCUUUGUAUGUUGCCCUUGCCCAACGGAAAGAGGAGCGAAAAGCCAUUCUCACCAACCAAUACAUGCAGAGACUGGCCACCAUGAGGUCCUUUUCUGGUCCUUUCCUAUAUUCUUUCCAACCGUCUGCAGGCUACUUCCUGUCCUCGAUUCCACAGCCACAAACUAGAGCUACUUUCUACAGUCCUAGCCCAGUUGCCCCGGUCCGCCCAGCCCCUCGCUGGAACACUCAAUCCUCAAGGCUUCCUUCAUCCUAUCAUGCAGCUACGCCAAUGGUAAGAGCUAAUGGACCGCCUCGCCGCUUCGUUUCCAACAUCAGCACUAUGAGACAAGCCUCCACUCAAGUUCCCAGAGUACCCUCCACUGGCCAAAGAGUGGUCAACAUUGGAACCCAGACCAUUAGUGCAAGAGCAUCCUCUUCUCCAACUUUCUCACAUGGUAUCUCGCAGUACAAGUAUUCUUCAGCUGUGAGGAAUGUCCAUCCUUUGGGUACAGUGACAUCUCUGCCAAUGCAACAGGCUGUAGAACCAAUCAUUCAUAUCCAGGGACAGGAGCCCUUGACCACAUCCAUGUUGGCUGCGGCCCCUCCUCAAGAACAGAAACAAAUACUUGGUGAACGUCUCUAUCCUCUAAUUCAUGCAAGGCACCCCACUCUGGCUGGAAAGAUUACAGGCAUGCUGUUGGAGAUAGAUAAUUCUGAUCUGCUUCUCAUGCUGGAGUCACCAGAAUCCCUUCAGUCUAAGAUCGAGGAAGCAGUAGCUGUGCUUCAAGCCCAUCAGAUCUCUGAAGCAACCCACAAGAGCAGUUCAAUGGCAUUUCUCCCCUGAUGAAGGAAAAAAAAGAAAAUGGACAGUCCCCACUGAAGAGAGGAAAAACCUUCAUGCUACCAGAGAUUUUGUUAAUAUCUCUUUAAACUAGUUGUUCAUGCAAAAAUCUAGCCCGAUUUGAAUUGUUUUCUUUUUUUUGCACUGAAUAGCUGUUAAAGUAACUUUUCCCAUAUGUAAUCCUGGUAAGCCUGGUAUAUAUGACAAUGAUGCAGUAGGAAGAUAAAAAUGGAACAAAAUUAUACUCUUUAUGUUAUUUUUUGCAAAUUUAUUUUUCAAUCCUGGUUCUUUUUUUUGUAAUCUUAAACUUGAGAGCCUGUACCAGUAUUUUAUUUAUUCCUGCUGUUGACUUGAUAAAAAUAGCUGAAACUUCACUUCACCAACCUAUGUCUCCUUUUUUAGAUGCUACUCUUCACAUUUACUGUAAAAAUGGCAGAAACAACCAAA